AUGGCACAGAAGAAGUAUCUUGCAGCGAAGCUGAAAAACUACCUAAGGGAAGACAAGAUUCAGCUGUGGAAACCUCCCUAUACAGGCAGCAAUAAGGAGGCCGGUGAGGAGUUGAAGGAUCUGGCACGACAGUAUUCGGCAAGGCUCAAGUGUAACAACAAUGAAAUAGAGGCCCUUCUGGAAGAAAUACGUCGUAAAACGAUUGAGCGGGGAACCGGAAAUGAAGCUUAUAAGGCAACGGGCGUUGCAGCGCUUGAAGUGGCCCUGCCUCCCAGGAUGGGUAAAACAAGAAAAGGGGUGCUGGAGACAAAACUGGUCAUCACUGGCAAGGAGCUCCGAUCUCAAAUAGCACAGGCAUAUGGCUUGGAAGAAAACUGCAUCAAAAUAAUUAUAAAUAAAAAGCAACUUGAGCUAGGGAAGACACUGGAAGACCAAGGGGUAACCCAUAACGUCAAAGUGAUGGUGCUGGAGCUGAAGCUGAGUGAGGAGGACACCCGAAGAAAAGUCCGAGAGGAGGAAAUGCAGCAUGAGGAAGAGACGGUGAAGAAAAAAGAAAUGCGCAGAAAGAUGCAAAGAACCAAGAAGGGCCUCGAAAUAUUGGCAAAAAGAGACGACUCUUUGGAUCCAGAUACAAGGCCUUACCUAGAUAUAGCAAACCAGACUGGGAGAAAAAUCAGUAUUCCUCAACAAGCCAAACAAGCUCUCUUAUUAGCUAUGGGGUAUCAUGAAAAGGGCAGAGCCUUGUUGAAGAACAAAGAAUACUCCAUGGCACUGCCGUUUCUAUUGGAUGCAGAUAAACACUUCUGCGAAUGUGGUUCGGACCUCCUGAACACCGUCGACAAUUAUGCAGUGCUGCAGCUGGACAUUGUCUGGUGCUACUUCCACCUAGGACAGCUGGAUUGCCUCGACGAUGCCGAGAAAAAGCUCCUGGCAGCCCAUGACUGCUUCCAGAAAUGCUACGGGGAGAAUCACGAAAGGCUGGUCACUAUAAAAGGUAGUUCUGGGAGAGAGAAGGCUUUAUUUCUAAGGCUUUACCUGCUCCAAGGAAUCAGCCAUUAUCACAACGGCAGAGAAAAAGAGGCUGCUGAAUAUCUGCAGAAGGCACACGGUUUGUUUCGAGAGUUGUGCAUAGAUCCUGAGAAAAUCAGCAGCUUGCUGCUUCUUGGAUUUUCUGCCCAGGAAGCUCGCCUGGGUCUUCGCGCUUGCGAUGGAAACGUGGAUCGUGCUGCCAGUCAUAUUUCCAACCAGAGAGAGGUGAAGGAGCAAAUACGGCGAGAGGAGCGAGGCAAACGGAGGAAGCGAUCUGAGGAUAUCAACUCCUUGAAAAGUAUGGGCUAUUCAGAUCGAGCAGCCAGAGAAGCUCUUCACCAGGCGAAAGGAAACCUUGAACUCGCUGAGAAGGUCAUUCUUGAUAACCCCCAGCUGCUCCUUCCGGAGGACGAUGGCCCAUUGCUUGGGGAUCCCUUCCAAGUUCCCCAGGAAAGUGUUAACCAAUUGGUGUACAUGGGAUUUAAUGCGGAGACAGCCGCACAAGCUUUGCGGGUGUUCAAGGGCAACGUUCAGCUGGCCGUCCAGACGCUUGCUCAUUAUGGAGGUUCCCUUCCCGACGACCUGCAGGCCUCUUCUGAGAGCACCUCUCCCUCGAACGAAUCCAGCUCUUCCCAAGGAUCUUCCACAGGUUCUGCAGGCACUUCCGGGGCUUCAGCUGAUGAGGACAUGGAAGAAGCAGAUGUGCUCAACGAAGUCAUAAAGGACAUUCCAGAACACGAGGAAGAUUAUUUGGAUCUGACUCUGGAAGAGGAAGAAACGGUCAUUACGGAGUACCUCUCUUACCUUCAGCACCUGCCGACCGAGCCCAAGUAGUCA